UUCUUUCUCCCGUACUUUUCCAUGUGCGUUCGAAGAGAAAGCGAAACUAGGAAACAUGGGCACUUUUGUAAAGAAUUUGAGAAAACAUAUCUUCCUGCAUCCAAAAGACAAGCUCAGCAAAAAUGUUGCAGUUAAACAAACGCUUCUUCGAGACCAGAAGAAAUAUUCUGACAGAUUGGAGGGAGCACUCCUGAAUGUGAGCGACAUUAAAGUCAUUGGAGACAAGCAUCUGAUCGUUGAUGGAUAUCUCAGCAUGAUGGUCAUCGCAAAUUUUCAUGUGUUUUGUCCUCAACCUGGGAUGGAGUUGGAAGGAGUCGUCAAUAAGCGCAGCAGAAGUCACUUGGGCUGUCUGGUGAUGGAGAUGUUCAACGCCUCCCUCUCCGUGCCCGGCGGCUCUGGCUUGGACCCGGCUGUGGGAGACAUCUGUCAGUUUGAGGUCACCGAAGUGGUGGUGGAUGGAGAGAUAUUGUUUAUGAGAGGCAUCCUGAAGAGCUCAAGACCAGGGCCUGCGUCCAAACCGCAAGAGGAAGCGGAGGAAAAUGAGGCAGAGGUGGGUGUGGAGGGAGGUCCUCAGGAGGAGGAGGAAGUCCCGUCUGCGCCGGCAGCUGCAGAUAUUGAUGACGAUAUGCUGCAGGAUCCCCCACAGACCGAGAACCCUCCGGAGGCUGGGCAAAACAAGGGCCAAAGCUCAGAGAAGAAAAGGAAGAGGAAGUCCGGUAGAGCAGAAGCAAAGGCAUCUCCUGAGAAAAAAGGCUCAAAGUCUCUGAAGUCACCCGAAAGGGAAACACCCAGUUCGAGACUGAAGUCUGCUUCGGAACCUGGCGAAGCAGAGGAACCUACGGCGCAUCAUAUCAUUGUUAAGACAGAGCCCAGGGGGGAGGAGGAGGAGGAGGAGGAAGCGCCGUCUGAGGACCUUGCUGGCAAUAUGAUUCACCGUACUCCUAAGAGCCCUCAGCAAUCUCAGGGAAACGAGAGUCAAGAUUCCGGGAAGAAAAAAAGGCACCGAAAGUCCAGCACUUCUGAAACGAAGCUGUCUCCUGAGAAAAAAGUACCAAAGUCGCCUAGGUCGAUAAAAAAAGAAAAGCCUUGGUAAUUUUAAGUUUUUGAUUUUUGUUGUUGUUUUGAAUGUGUAGAUUCUGUAUGUUUGGAGAAAUGUUUGUAAUGGGUGUUUGUUUUGCUCUAUAGUUUGUUCACUUUUGUCUGUCAGCACUAAAAAAAUUGUAGUUCAUUUAUUAAUGUACCUAUCCUAUACCCUUGAAACUUUGCAUGGCACUUCUGCAGGCCAGUGGCCAAACAAAAUUAUUGUUUAAAAGAUAUUGAUCCAUAAAUUAAAGUUUUUAUCUAUUUGGGCCUGUAUUAUAAACUGGUCUUUGGGUGCAUACACAGGAUCACUGAAAUUAAUGACUUACAGUUAUAGUGACUUUGCUUACAAGUUGCUCAUUUUGAGGCAGCGACACCACCCUGCUGUCACGUUUCAGUGUAAAUUUGUACAUUUCAUCCCCUGGCUGUCUAGAUGUCUCCACGAGCUCCACAUGAGUUUCGGAAAAUGUCUCACCCCGUCUCUUGAAUCGUGUAUCUUAGGCGUACUUUAAAGUGUAGUGUUGGGGAACAUAUGUCAACUUUUUAAUGCUUUAGGUGUAUGUUUUAAAUAUCCUUCAAUUAUUUUUUGACCCGCUUUAGGCUAACGUAGAAAUAACAUGUCGGAAACUUAGUUUGCUGGGACCUUUAUAUAUGGGCUUUCAGAUUCUGUUGGUCAUUCAACUGUAUGCAAGACCCGUAUGCAAAGAUCUGAGAUGAUUAAACCCUGUGAUUUCAUUUUAUUGUGCUUUAACCUUUGUCAGACGAAAGUGGACAAGCUAUAAUUGUAUGUUUUCAAAAUAUGGAUGAUGUUGGGCAGAAGCUGGCCAACUUGUCUUUGCUAAUUUCAUUGGAGGGGCAAAAGAAAUUUGUAAAUGAAGUAAAACUAUGUAUGUAUAUGUGUGUGUGUGUGUGCACGCCUGCUUGCGUGAGUGUGUGCAUGUGUGAGAGAGAGAGGGAGAGAGUUUGUGUGUGUGUGUGUGUGUGUGUGUGUGUGGUUGCACGAGCUCACAUGUUUGAUGAAACUUUUACAAAUGAACAUGUAGCAUUUGGCUGUCAGCUGAUUUCAAGUUUCUUUGCCAGUUACUUCUUCAAAAAUGUCACUUGUGACACAUCUUGUUGAAAUGAGGCGCUCUUCAAAAUAAUGACUUUAAAGAAACCAGCAUUUUUCUGACCGUUUGGAAAUUUCGUUUCAAUUUCUUUUCUUUUUUUUUUCUUUUUUCUUUUUUUUUUGGCUCAUCAUCUUUUACAUCUAUUUAAAAACUAUUUCUAUAUAGAUUUUUACUAAAUAACUCAUGAAAGGCACAACAAUAGUAAAUGUGCAGUUUUCAAAGACAUUCAAGCUUGGAAGUCUAACGACUUUGGAGGCCAUUUUCUCACAAAUUUUGCCUACGAAGCCAGGCGAC